AUGUCUAUGUGGGUAUUGUUGUUGUGGGGGUCCUCUGUCAUUUCUGCUCUCGAACUCACAGCAAUAGUGCUCUUUUCAAACCGUAACAAUGGUGAACCAAACGUCGAGUUUGAUUCUUUCUUGUCAACUGGCUCGUUCGAGUUCAAAUCUUCUUGUGGGUCCUCACCGAUCGGUAUGAGUUCAGCCGACGAGUGGUUCUUGAAUGGUCAAAUCCGACCGAUGUCACCACUACGAACAACACAGUUCCAAUGGCAAGAACACGAAGACAAUGAGGCCUCUCAUCAUCAUCAUCAUCAUCAUCAUCACAUUCUGGAGUUGGAUGAUUCUGAGAACAAAGAAGCUGAAACUCCGUCGAUCAAGACAACACCGUCAGGCUCUGCUUCGUCUUCAAGGUCUUCAUCGUCUGGAAGGAACUCGAAGAAGUGGAUAUUCUUCAAGGAUCUAUUGUACGGAAGCAAAAGCGAAGGUAGAGACAACAAAAAGAAGUUCUGGUCAUCGAUCACGUUCACCUGCUCAUCAUCUUCAAGGGACGAGAAGGAAAAGAAUUGCAAGGAAAUGGAAACACAAAAGCAAAAACGAAGCAAACAAGUUCUCUUAAAAAAACCGAUCGCCAGUACACUGGGAAUAGAGCACAGGGGGAGGAGAUGA